AUGGCUAUAAAUCUUAUGUUGCAGACUCCUCCGACCUUUGGGUUCCUUUUUGACAUUGAUGUGGUGAGACUAGAUGAAUAUUGUUUAGACUCUAAUGGACAGCUCCGGGUGCCAGUAGUCUUUGUGACAAAUGCUGGGAAUUGCUUACAGCAGGUCAAGGCCCAGGAAUUGUCUGAUGCUCUGGGACUGGAGGUAUCUCCAGAACAAGUGAUCCUCUCCCACAGUCCCCUGCGUCUCUUCCGUCAGUUCCAUGGGAGAUGUGUGCUGGUGUCUGGGCAAGGACCAGUAGAGGAGAAUGCUAGGAAUGUGGGAUUCCAGAAUGUGGUUACCAUACAGGAUGUGAGGAAGGCAUUUCCCCUGCUGGACAUGGUUGAUCAAAGCCGUAGACCAAAGGAUCUGCCUCCUCUGACCACUGACUUCCCUACCAUAGAAGGGGUGAUUCUGUUUGGGGAGCCAGUCCGGUGGGAGACAAAUCUGCAGCUGAUUAUUGAUGUCCUCUUGAGCAAUGGGAACCCUGGGGCAGAGCUGGCAGCAGUGCCCUAUCCCCAUAUACCUAUCCUUGCUUGUAACAUGGAUCUUCUGUGGAUGGCAGAAGCAAAGAGGCCAAGAUUUGGCCAUGGCACCUUUCUUGUCUGCUUGGAGAACAUCUACAAAAAAAUGACUGGCAGGGAGCUGAAAUAUGAGGCCCUAAUUGGGAAACCCAGCAUUGUUACUUACCAGUAUGCUGAGUAUCUGAUAAAACAGCAAAUGGAAAGACGAGGGUGGCCAUCUCCCAUCUUCAGACUCUAUGCUGUUGGGGACAAUCCAAUGUCUGACAUCUAUGGAGCAAACUCCUACAACAGCUAUCUCAAAGCUGCAUGUCAGGCCCGGAGUGAGGGAGUGGCGAAUUCACAGAGUGAGGACCAUUUACAACUGAGGAAGGAUUGGAAUGUCUCCCUGGAGAGUUGCAAGUCAAUUCUGGUCUGCACUGGGGUCUACAAUCAUCACAGAGCGAUGCCUGCUGACCCACACGAAAGUGUGAUAGAGACCGUGUUCCAUGGGCACCGGGACUUUAACUUUGACCCUAGCCUAGUGGAGGCCUCUUAUGUGGUGCGGGAUGUGAAUGAAGCUGUGGAGCUUGUCUUUGAGAAGGAGAGUUGGACCGAAGAGUGGCAAAAUGUGUAGUAAUCUGGGUUCAGUGGGGGAGGGGAGACCUGGGAUUUUCUGGGUUCAGUGGGGGAGGGGAGACCUGGGAUUUUCUAACAUAACUUGUACCACCAAAGAGGUGAGGUGAGGGGAAUGUUCCUACUGCAUUGUGGAGCCUGAUGCCAACAGUCCCUUGUCUAAAUAUCAGUUGGUCAAGCUACUGCUUACAAGGUUUUAAUAAUAAUCUAGUCUAUUUGCACACUGCUGUUGCUCUUGUGAAGCCAACUGUAUGGGGACUAGGGUGAGAUGGAUAAUCAUCAUCACCCCCAACAGCCUGUGGCUGGAGCUCAGCUACCCAGAGUCUUUUUCCUUUCAAAGCUCCUUAGUGUUUGCAAGACUCAUCCUUAUUACGCCCCAGGCAGGAAGUCUUCUCCCCUUCUCCUCUCCCCCCUCUGCCCGGAAAGGAGCUGCCCUAGACCAAUUAUAUCCUACACAAGCCUUAAAAUAAGACGUAAGUGGAGCCUGUGCUCUCUGUCCAGGGUGAAAUUACCCCCUUCUUUAGAGCACAGCUGGCAGAGAUACUGCUAGUAAUUCCUUUGUGGGGGAGUUCAGCUUGCAUAUCAGGUCUUGAUAUUGCUCCUGUAAUCUCACUGGCUUUAGGAUGGAGCAGAAAUGCUGUUUCAUAUGACUCUAGCACCAUGAGCUGGAGUGGCUGAGCUCACAGGUAAGCCUAGGCAGCCAUCCCAACUGCUCCUUUUGGCAAAAGUGGAAUGAAAGGUUUCCUUGGUUUGCCAGCAGUCCCUCCACCUUCCUCACGUGAAGAACCAACAGCAUGGCCCUGAAGCUGCCUAGGAAUUCAUCUGGGAUUAUAAAUUAUUAGAGUAUGGAAACUGAGCUUUUACAGCAGCAGUAGGUUCUGAAAGGAGAGGGUGGGGCGUGUAUGUGUGUGGGCCUUGGCACCACCCAUAAAAGUGAUGUGCCCCCAUGGAGGGAUCCCUGGGAUUUAGGGACAGUACUUCCAGCCUGCCCUCUAUUGCUGACUGCUGUGAUAGGUCACCCCUGUGAUUUAGUCUCUUAUGCUGCUAAAUUGCCCUUUGCAGGAGGAGCCAUAAAACAAUCACAUCCGCCAAGGGCUUCUUAGACAUUCCUAGUUUUGUUCGCUGUGCUUCACAAAUGCAGAAGUUUUUCCUAGCUGUAGCUGCAGCCUCAGGGAUGCCCCUCAAUUAAAAUGUUUCUCUCUUCCCAAAUUGCAAUGGAGUGCUUGCCAAAGCAGUCACUUCUCCUCCUAGGCUGGCUAACAGCUUAAUGUGCUGCAGCAGCAGUGCCAGUCCCUGCCUUAACUUUCCUUCCCUGCAAUAUGUGCACUUUAAUUGCUUCUAUUUCCUUAGCCCACACUAUUGGUGGAGAGUUUUAGGCCCCUCUCUCUCUCCAUUAAAAAUCCUUUAGGAAUUUAGCUGUGAAAAUUUCUCAAGAUGAAACUCAUCAUGAAAGGUGUCUACUCAGGCAUAGCUUCAUUUUAAUCCUCAGUAUAAGAUGCAUGUGAUCCACCCCAGCAGCACCACAAAGGCUUCUUUCUAUCAAGUAGAAAUGCAUGAGUGAUUUGUCACUGGGGUUUUUCUUUGUGCUUCUGCACGGCUGUUGCUACUGCUGGAGUUACUGACUUGCAAUGCUAAAUGAGAUCAGAAUUGAGACCCACGAUCUUUUGCAAACCAUACCAUUUUUAAGCAGCUGCUCAUGCAGAGCAUAUGCUGUGAUCUGUUCAUAAGUCUAUUUUGUUUUCAAUUAAAAUUGGAGUUCAGGUUUUGAUUUCCUACCAACACCUUAUUUUUCAGAGCUGCUUUUUCACAACACUAAAUUAACUAUUAGGUUUGUACAGGGAACUAGGUGCCUUCCCUUACACUUGAAACACUAAUGAAAGGGGCAAUAGUGGCUGAAGUGAGCUGUGUAUUCCAAUAGAUGUUGGCAAAGAGGGGUGCAAACAUGUCUUAUGUCCCUGCUUAGUUACUGUGCUAUUUUGAGGUGCAAUACAGGGCAGUGAGGGGAUGAUCACCAAUUGCCCAGUAACUUGGGAUGGCUUAUAAUAAUUCCUCUAAUCUUUAUCAUCCCUAUGCAGAUUUGUUUUUCCAUCUAACUGCACCUAAAAUUUAUUCUGCAUGGAGGCAUGUGAGACUAUGCACCACCUAUAGAAACAAAAAAACAUAGCUGUGGGAACUCUGCUAAUCAGCUUGGCAGCAUCUGAAUUUCUCCUGGGCAGCUGCACACAAUGCUUUGCUGCUGUAGCUUUCCAAGUGGCCUCCUGUCAAACAUCUAAGUUCCAUGCAAGUCUCACCCCAAGUACUUGUGUCUAGCUACAGCUCUUGUCCAGUAGCUUGCUGCUAACACUCUCUAUAUAUGAU